AUGGAUCAAGAUAUCAGUGCAACCACGCGGGCGCUCGCCAUACCGCACGUUGUGGAGGCCAUCUGCGAGUAUCUGCCUCGGAGCAGCCUCUGCAGCGCCGCCCAAGUCGACCGGCGCUUCUUCGAGUACGCAACGAGAUGCAUCUGGGGCGAGGACGCUCCCCGGGUCCGCUCCUUGCUGUGGCAUCUGCAACGCAGCGUGACGGACCCUCUCCACCGGCAGCUGUACGCCUCCAAGCUGCGCAGCCUCAUCGUCGACUGCCGCCGGCGCGACACGUACGACUGGGCCUUUCGCCGCCCCCCGCUCGCGCUCGACCACCUGCGCCACCUGCUUCUGCUCCGCUACGAGGGCGGCGCGACGUCCGCCGGCGAGACCGGCCGCGCGCUGCUCCGGCGCCACGUGCCACCGGACACGAUCCGCAGCCUCGACCUGAGCGUCGCCGACGCGGGCCUGCUCGACGGCGUGCUGGGCGAGCGCUGCGGCCGCCUGCGCGAGCUCCGGCUGGACUACCCGCUGCCGGCGGACGAGCCGGCGCUGGCGCGGUUCGUGGCCGCCUGUCCGCGGCUCGAGGUGGUCGAGGCCCUCAUGUUCCGCAGGGGCAGGCCGGCGAGCCUCGCGACCGAGCCAGACGCGGCGCCGUGGAGUUUCUCGAUCGGCCCGGAGGUCAUGGUGGAGUGCGCACGCCUGCCGCACCUGCGCGAGCUCAUGCUUCCGUUCAACGGCGAGGUGCCGAGCAAGGCGUUGGGGAUGAUGGACGCGCGGGUGUCGCGCCCGUUCCGGUCGUUGCGGAAGAUGCGGGUGGUCGUGCCUUGGGUCAUCCGGGAUGACGGCUUCGGCUCGCAGGGCUCGGGUCGCGAUGACCAGAUAUGGGCGACCUUGACGUGGUUCUCGCAGAUCCGGACCCUGGAAGAUGUGAGAAUCUGCGUCCCCUGCGACCACACCGUGCCCGAAUCCGCACUCAUGUCGCUAUGCUCCCUACCUGCGCUCAAGCGCCUCGGAAUGGUCAACCGGCACAAGGUCCAUCAAAAGGAUGGACAUGCUAUUCUCCAAGUUUCGCCUGGUCAGUUUGCAGCUUGGGUCUCCCACUUUCCGCGACUGGAACGCCUUUGGCUCGACGUCCGGGUGCCGCCGGGCAGCUACGAUGCGGCGCUGAUCGAGCUGGGCAAGCAUUGUCCUCUGCUUCAAGAGUGCCAGUGGCCGGCCGAGGUGAACCUGUCGGCGCUCCAGCUCGAAUCGCGGGAAGAAUCUCUCUUUCCCAACUUGAAGCACCUCUGGUUUCCAAUGACAGGGCCAGCCCCUCGCGACGACGAUUUUCCACGGUGA